CUCCCGCUGCUAGAGCUGGUGCUGUCGCCGCCGCCGCUACCUGCUGCUGUUUCUGCUUCCUCUUGCUUUCUCGUACCCUCUUUUUUCUCUCUCCAUCAUCAGCGCCUCUUCCCAGCCGUCGUCACUUCUGGCCGCUCGGUCUGGGGUCCGAUCCUGUCUGGAAAAUGUCUGAUGAAUUUUCAUUGGCAGAUGCUCUACCAGAACAUUCGCCUGCCAAAAAUUCCACUGUGAGUGGUACAAAACCUGGUCAGCCACCACAGGGCUGGCCAGGUUCCAAUCCUUGGAAUAACCCAAGUGCUCCACCUUCUGUGCCAUCUGGACUUCCACCAAGUGCAUCACCCUCCAGUGUGCCUUUUGGACCUACGCCCACAGGAAUAUAUCCCUCAGUGCCUGCUGGACCACCCCCUGGACCUCCAGCACCCUUUCCUCCCUCUGGACCAUCUUGUCCUCCACCUGGUGGUCCUUAUCCAACUCCAUCUGUGCCAGGUCCUGGCCCUACAGGGCCAUAUCCUACACCAAAUAUGCCUUUUCCAGACCUUCCACGACCAUAUGGUACACCCACAGAUCCAGCUACAGCUGGUCCCCUAGGGCCAUGGGGAUCCAUGUCUUCUGGACCGUGGACACCAGGAAUGGGAGGGCAGUAUCCUACACCUAAUAUGCCAUAUCCAUCUGCAGGGCCAUAUCCUACUCCUCCCCAAGCACCAACAACAACACCACCUAUUCCGUGGGGAGCUGUUCCACCUGGAGCUUGGGGACCACCAGCGCCAGCUCCAUUUCCUGCACCUGUAGGAUCAUAUCCUGCACCAGGACUCUAUCUUACUCCUAAUAAUCCUUUUCAAGUGCCUUCUGGACCUACUGGUGCUCCACCAAUGCCUGGUGGUCACCAUUCUUACCAUUGAGUUUUUGGUGGACAAUGAGACGACUCUACUUUCCAGAGUGUGUAUUAUGUAUGUAUGUGUAUACUAUAUCUAUACGUGUGUGUGUGUGUGUGUGUGUCACACACACACACAUAAAAAUUCUGGUUUCAGUGCUCUUGGGACAUUUCACAAAAAGGGUCUCAGACAACUCAAAGAAGACUCGGCUCUUGGACCUGGACAUACACUUGGAAUAAUUAGAGAUAAUAUCGUAAACUUUAAAAUUAUUCAUAUGUAUUUUCCAUUUGUUGUACUAAGGGAAAUCAAAGUAAUUAAGUAUACUGACUAACUCUUGGUAGAAUUUGUGGAAUAUUCAUUUUUUUAAAUUAUGAAACCACACACUUAAGAAAUCUGUGUUGAUGUGGUUACUAAUUACCUAUAACUUGUUGGAAAUUAUUUCAAAUAUUUUCUUUGACAUCUUUAUUUCCCUGAAUAAAUAUAUUUCUGACAAAUCAUUUUGCCAUGUUUUUUUUUUUUUUUAAAAAGACCAAAUGAAUGCCUCUGAGCAUUUUGAACAGUAUUGUUUGCAGAGUAAAUUAACGUUAUGCUCUUGGGUUAUAAUUCUGGAGCAAAUGUUUAAAAAUAUGAUUUAUGAAUUAGUGCUUAUCAAGUCUUGAAAGUGUAUUUGUUAGUGUGCAUAUCCUUGAACACUGAAUAUUAAAUAUUCUUGCUUUCUACCAGCUAUCAUUGAGUUAUUUUUGUUCUUUUUUUGUUUUUAGUAAUUUGAAUUGUAUUUUUAAAGCCAGUCAUCCAUGGACCCUGCUUGGACUUUGUUUUAUUCAUGUUAACAUAUCCAGUGACAUAUCCUCUAUGGUGACUUUUGAUUGUGUGUUGAGUUAUCCACAUUGUUGAAGAUGAAGAGCUCAAGAAAGGGAGGACCUUUGUCUUCCCUGUCUUGUACCCCAAAGAAGAGCCCUAGGAAUUGAUUUGCAACAUCAUUUUCUCAGUCCUACAGAACUUUGGCAAUCCCUGGGGAUUCCUUUAGUUCCAAAAUGGAACUUCCCUUUGUACCUUCCUUGAUAUGGAGAACUGAUGACAUUCUUGACA